AUGCGCGAAAGAGAGCGUAGGAAAGGAGUGGGGCGUGGUGGUAGUGGCCGAGAACGCGGUGGCCGCAGAGAACGAGGUGACAGAACUGGUCGCAGAGAACGCGGGGAUAGAAGUGACACUGUCCUGUGCCGUCUGCAUCGUCAGCGCCGCACUGCUCGGCAGAUGCGCGAGGUGGCGGUGGGUGUGUUCGAGUGUACGGAAGGCAGUCGGUGUAAGCAGACCAGUGAUAGGCGCAUUGGCGCCGUCGGUGGCCGCGGCACUGAUGAUCGAGGGCGAUUUCGCGAUCAGCGAGGUCCGUCAUUUGUAGAACGCGGAGCAGGUCUUCGGCAGCGGCAGCGACGUGGCGAACGUGCACCACGCCCGCCGCAGGAUCAGCACUACGAAGAUGCGAAUGCGGCUGCGUGGGCACCAUCGGCAGGCACCGUCGCCGGGGGUGGCGGUGCCACUCGUCGUCGGGCCGGCAGGGCGGAGCGCAAGGUGUGGUGUGCACUACAUGGCAAGCACUUGCCUGUGAGCCAGUGCGAAUUUGUACAGGACUGUUGCUACGUCUGUCUAGACCCUAGCACUUGCUUGGCCACGCCGCUGGAGGCACCGGCGAUGCUGCUCACCCGCGGCUGCGCCGAGGUGCUGUGCAGUAAGCAUCACACUCUGCGCAGUGCUGGCUUUGUGGAGUUGACGGAAAAGCCUGUGGCGUACCAGUGCAUGCCUGGCCACGCAUGCCGUGGGGUGACGGUUCCACACAUGGGCCAAGAGGCGGACAGCGCUGCAGCGGCUGCCGUAGGUGGACCUGCCGCGAUGCCGUACGCGAUGGCGGAUAUGGAUGAUGACGAGGAAGUCUACAUGGGUGCGCGCGUUACCAGUACCUUCCUGCCCCAGAGCGGCCGCGAGGCCGUCUCCUCCUUCUUUAUGUGA